AUGAACCUAGAAAACGACCAGUACCAGGAAGAAAAUGUCCAAACUGUCUAUCUAAAGGAAAUACAGUUUGGCUUUACGAAUAUAAGUGUAAGUUUAUUUUUACUUUCUAUUACUUCUAUCAUUUUGGGUUUAAAUAGUUUCUAUAAUUAUGAAAACAUCGUUAACAGCUCUAACAAUAAUACAAUUUCUGAAAAAAAUUUACUAAAAAUAAAAAAAAAAAAUCUAAUUUUAGAGCAUCCUUUAAUAGUAGUAUUUAUUAUAACAGGUUCUUUUUUUCUUAUAACAAGUGGUGAUCUUAUCUCCCUUUUUUUAGCCUUGGAAUUACAAAGUUAUGGCUUAAAUUCUGAAACAUCUACUAAAGCUGGCUUAAUAUAUUUUUUACUAGGUGGACUAUCCUCUGCUAUUAUCUUACUGGGUCAAAGUUUGAUUUAUGCAAAUUCUGCGAAUACGAAUUUAGAUGGUUUAUAUAUAUUAACAGCCAUUCAAACUAGCUUUAACACAAAUGAUCUUAAUUUAGAGAUAAACUAUGCUAUGGUUAUUAUGUCCGUUGGCUUUUUAUUUAAAGUAAACGUUUAUGACUAUGUUCCUACUUUAAUUACAUUGUUCAUAUCUUUAAUUCCGAAAAUAUCCAUUUUAAUUUUGUUUUUAGAAUUCGUAUACUUUACAGUCAGUUCAAUAAUAUCUAUGGUAAUAGGAUCAGUUUUAGGUAUAUCCCAAUAUAGAAUAAAAAGAAUAUUAGCUUAUAGUACUAUUAGUCAUCUAGGUUUUAUUUUAUUAGGCCUAACUAUAAUACAAAUAGAAUCCAUACAAGGUUUUUUUUUCUAUCUUAUACAAUACAUAUUUACUAAUUUGAACGGAUUUAUCAUACUUAUAACAAUAGAUAAAUUAAAGACGGAGAUAAAUUUAAAAGAAUUAGAAAAUUCUCCUAUUCAAAUUAUAAAACAGCUAAGAGGUUUGUAUAAAAAAAACAUUAUUCUUGCCUUAAGCUUAAGAGUACCACCCUUAAUAGGAUUCUUUGCAAAACAGAUGAUUUUAAGUGCAGCGCUUGACAAAGGAUUUUUAUUUCUAGUAAUUAUUGCUAUAAUUAGUAGUGUUAUAACUAACGAUGAAUUAAAAAUAAAUAGUUACAUGUCUAUAAUUAUAUCAUUAUUAACCAUAAUUUCUUUUAUAUUCAUUGUAAUACCAGACGAAUUAUUAAGAUGA